AUGGGAGGAAAAAGCAGCAAGCAAAAAAGCAAGAAAAACAAAACCGAGGAAGGAGAAAAUGUAGAAGGGCAAGCUCAGGAACAGACAGAGGAACCAAAGGAAGUAGAUGGUGGUGAAGCAUCAGCAGCAGCCGAGAAUGCAGCUGAAGGUACAGAAGCAGCAACUGAGAAGUUAGGGGAAGCUUCAGAAGUAACAGAGAAAUCGGGUGAGACAUUAAAUGCAGCAGAGGCAUCACAGGUUGAAAGCACUACAUCAGUACCUGAAUCAAACAGUGGUGAGGCUACAAAAGAGCGUGAAGAGACAACUGCUUUAUCAGAGUCAGUGCAUUCAUCUGCAACUGUGAGUGAGCCAGCACCUGAAGUAGAAUCCCCUGAAAGCACACCACAGACCACUGAGGAACAUGAGAACAUUUCAUCAGAGGUGCCAGUUAUAGAGAACAAUCAAGAACAGCAAACUAGGUCAGGAACACGUGAAGAAUCAGCAGAAGAGAAGAAUGAGGAGACAGUAGUUGAAAACAAAGAAGAACCAGCCCAGGAUGAUGAGCCAGCCAAAGAAGAGGUGAAGGAUAAAACAGUCGAUGAAGAGUUGGUCACAGAAGAAGCUCCAGCGGAGCCACCCAAAGAAGAGGAGCCAGAGAAACCUGAAGAACCUGUUGAAGAACUUCCGCCACCACCACCAGCAGAAGGGGAAGAUGAUGCAGCAUCUGGUGAUGUCCAAGUAAAACAGGCUCAAGGUAGCGUGGAUGGAGAAAGUGCCCCAGCAGCUCCUUCAGACACAGCAGAGACAGGAGCAGCAACCAGCUCAUCUGGAGAUGCUUCAGAAGCUGCCCAUAGUGAGGAUGCGUCCACUGUUAACGUGGAAUUUACAUGGGAUGAAGGCGGAGAAACGGUUCUUGUCAGUGGCUCCUUUGACAGCUGGCAAGAAAAGAUUACUUUAAUCAAGAAUGGAGACAUCUUCACUAAAUCGAUAAAUCUACCUGUUGGAGAAUAUUUAUACAAAUUCUACGUUGAUGAGAAGUGGGUAAUCAAUAAAAAAUUGCCAGUCAAGUGUGAUGAAAAUGGCCAAGAAAAUAACAUCUUACUGGUGCAGUCUGCCAGCUAA